GUUAGUGUAACCUUUCAAUGAUGAGGUGUUCGUGCGUGAAGGUUUCCUGUCUCUUCGUUUACUUCCUUCUCUGCAGCUGCUCCCAUCUUCACUCUCUUCUCAGCGAGCAGCAUUGUACGUGCGACCAUCCCAACAUCGACUGCUCAACGGGCGUCGUCUCUGCAGGAGUUGACAACUGCACGACGUUGAAUUUGUCGAGUCUGCAUCUCGUCGAGUUGCCACAAUUCGUCAAUCUCACGCAAGUACAAUACUUGGAUGUUUCGUCUAACAACCUCACAAGAAUAGAUGAAGACCAACUACUCACACUUUGCAGUUUACAGAAAAUUUAUGCAGUGAACAAUUUGUUUGAGUGCUCGUGUGCUGUUCAUCCAAUCAGUCAGUCUCUAUGGGGAUACAUUGCGGAUGUGGAUGAAUUAUGGUGCCCGUCAAGUUUUUGUGUGAAUGGAGAUUUUACACUUUUCAACUAUUCGACUUACUGCUCAGGUGGACCUGAUGCUGGUCAUUGGUACGAUCGUUGUGCUGAGUUUUCCCACUCUUCCAAAUUCAUUAAUGAUGUCAACUUGUUGCAGUCCAAUAUGACUGUUGAGAUAUGUGUUGCUCAAUGCUACAUGGAGGGUCAUUAUUUUGCAAUUUUAUUCAACGGAACAUCUUGCUACUGCAAUACUGAGAUAUUUACAGUUCGUUCUAUUACCCAAUACUCUAAAGUAAAACCUGAUCACGAGUGCAGUACACCAUGUCCUGGGAAUUUACAUGAAAUGUGUGGUGGAGCUGAUGCUGUUUCCAUAUACAGUGCAGACAAAUUAUGCCUGAACGUUCCUGUUAUCAAUCGUAUUGACUGCAGUUCCAAUUGGCCAGAUAUUCCAAUAGACUCGUGCAUUCUUCGUGGCUGCUGCUAUGAUGACACUUACCCACAGGCUUUCAAAUGUUUCUACAAGACAGAUCAACCACAUUUUAACACCACGUGCAAUACAUAUGAAAUGUACUCAUCAACUCAAGUCAAUGUGUCCGAUAUUAUACGAUCUGAAUUGCUGGAUGCUACAGAACCUAUCAGAUGUGAUGGUUUGUUGGUUGCUUGGGAGUUUGCUGUGACAGUUAAACAUAUGUGUACAUUCAGUGUGUGGAGACCAAGGAUUGGGCGAUUUCUCCAACUUGUUAAUGAGAUAACAAUUAAUGUUAUGGUUACUGGUGAGAUGAGAUACAAUCUGACAUCUAGUCAAAUGAUAAAAGUGAGGAAAGGUGACAUGGUGUCAGCUGACUGUUUCUAUUUGGUUUUGGAUACAGUCAAUCAUCCGACAGCAAUGUAUACGAGAAGAAUUGGAGAAUUUACUUUUAAUCGAACAUCAUUCACUGUGGAUCAAGCAAACGUGUUUCACAAUAAUCGUAAUAAUUUAUUCCAACAUGAAGGCGUUCGACUGCAUCUACGAGCAAUCAUCAAUGAAUCUAUUGAUACAGACACAUACCAACCUGCCAUCAACAACAUUACCUCACAUUUCAAUUCAAGUGAUCGCCCACUGGCCUCACUCUGUCCAAUGACGUCAUCACCACAACAAACAUCAACUCCAACUUUAUCAGCCACACCACCGACGCCAUCUUCAUCACAGAUACAUCAAAUAGUAGUAUCACAUGCAGUCACACGAUCUUCGACUACUCAAAAUUUAUCUUCUAAUUCAUUUGCUUCGACUACAAUAAGUGCAGCAGCAACACAAUCACCAGAAGAGUCAGAUGCUACUGGCAUGGGGAUGCUGGAAAUUUUAAUAAUUGCUGUUUGCUUGGGUGUGUUCCUCCUUGUGAUGACUCUUGUAGUUGGAAUUUUGAUAGGAAGACGUUUCGGCAAACAGGGAAGGCUCUCAGUCUCUAUGCAUAGCAAACUUGAUGAUUUUGAUUCUAAAGGAGCUCAACCAUCUUCGUUGUUUCACAUCGAAAUGAUCUCCAAUCCAAUGCACGAGCACACCGACACGACGCCAUCUCAGCCACCAGUAGAAUACAGCUACGCUCACCUACCACACGCAGCUGCAAAUACCAAUGCCCACAUCAACACACAAGGAUACCUCGAACCAGUCGAGUCAUCAAGCACAAACGAGACCGUACCCAGUCGGCCAAGCUAUCUAGUCCUGGAUCCUAUACAACCAGGCAGUCCAAUCAGCCAGGCAUCCUUGCCCUCAAGUCACACAAGCAAUCACAGCCUUGAAAAUUUACAACCAGAUUGUCCGAGAAAUGCAGCGUCCCAAAGCAGCAUCGAGCACCAAUACGCAGUUCUAGACCCAAACAGGCUGGUCAGUCCAGCGUCCCAAAGCAGCAUCGAGCACCAAUACUCAGUUCUAGACCCAAACAGGCUGGACAGUCCGGAAGAAAGUCUGUUAGCUGUUCACUCAGGAAACGGUCACGUGACACACACUGGUUCAUCAAGUAACACAACCCACGAUCCUAGGUAUGAAACUUUGGAUUAUGCAGAGACAUGGAAUGAUGGAGGCAAGUCUGACGGACAAACCGGAGUGUCACUUGGCGACACACUUGCAGCAUCCGACAACCACCAAUACACUACACUGGGUGCUAACCGGAUUCCGAUGUCCAUAUAUGGUCAUAACCCUGAUGGUAAGAAACAUGAUGGUAACAAGCAACAAGAUGGAGGAAAAAGAGAUUUUCAAUACGAAAAACUGUCGGUAGAGACACGUGAACCCGAACACCAGUACACAAUGGUGAAGAAAGACACCAAGUAAACCUCGACGUCAUGAUAUAGAUAUCGACUUUUUUUAAAGUUGCAAC